CACCAUUCUUCAUUAUCUACUAGUCGGUCGAUGAAUGUUAUCCCUUUUCCGCCUUGCCUAGACUUUAAUUCAGAACCCUCGUUUAUUCAUAAAAGAAAUGAACGGGAACGAAUUCGUGUUCGUCACGUCAAUGAAGGCUAUGCCAAACUAAGAGAUCAUUUACCACGAAAAUUCAACCAAAAACGAUUAUCAAAGGUAGAAACACUACGUGCCGCUAUCCGUUAUAUUAAACAUUUAGAGGACAUAUUAAAGGAAGGCCAUAAUACAUCU